CUCGUCAUGGGCGACUGUAUUUUGUUACAAAGUAAAAUUUUCCGCGAUACUUUUUUAAAACAUAAAAAUGUUAAGUUUAGUGUUUAAGUGAUAAGUGUGCGAUAAAUAUUUUGUGAUAUAUGUGAUAAUUAUAUGUGGAUAAGAAAUAAGUGAUAAAUAAUCCUUGUGAUAUGGACAUUGUACAUUGUAUUCUAUUUUUAUUACAUGAUAAUGUAGGGUAACCAAAGGUGUAACCAAAGAUAGCAAAGGUGAGUAACUGGUUUCAACGUAACUAACCGAUGAAGUGGUUGGUGCUGUGGUCGCUGUGGGCGAUGCGGCUGGCGCGGCAGCCGUCGCCGGCGGUGCGGGUGUCAGGGGGGGCGCUGCGGGGGGAGGUGGUGCCCGACGGCUCGCAUGUGCGGUACCUCAACGUGCCCUAUGCGACGCAUUUGGAAAGGUUUCAGGAUUCCGGUCCGGAGCCGAAAUGGGACAGAGUGUUUGAAGCGUUCGAGGAGAACUCCCGAUGCCUUCAGCGAUUCAGCACAACUUGGAUCAACGGCAGAGAAGACUGCCUCACCCUGAACGUCUACACUCCAACGCAUAUGGACUGCAAACUGCCGGUUAUGGUCUUCAUUCACGGCGGAGGCUUCCGAGACGGGUCCAGUUCCCCUUUUAUCUACGGCCCGGAAUACCUCGUCAGACAUGACGUCAUUCUAGUGACAAUCAACUACAGGCUAGAGAUACUCGGCUUUCUCAACCUGGGUAUUAAGGAGGCUCCAGGUAAUGUUGGGAUAAAAGACCAAGUCCGAGCGUUGAGAUGGGUGAAGAGAAACAUAGCGGCUUUCGGUGGUGAUCCAAACAGAGUGACCGUUUUUGGCGAGAGCGCUGGAGCCGCGUCUGUCAUGUAUCACAUACUGUCUCCGAUGUCCAAAGGAUUGUUCCACCAGGCGAUCCUACAGAGUGGUUCCGCAGUUUCGCCCUGGAGUUUCCAGCAUGAGCCUCUGGAAGUCGCAAAGUCUUUUGUGCGCCAACUGGGGCACGAGACGGAUGAUCCAUACGAGAUAUACAAGGCCCUCAGUCAGGAAUCCCCUGUAAAGCUUCUGGAAACGCGCGUACCUCGGAAAAGUGGGGAUGUUGUGUUAUCUGAAAAUAUCUUCGUUCCCUCAAUCGAGAAGGAUUUAGGCUUAGAACGGUUCCUACCGGAUAGUCCAUACAAUUUACUGAUGAGAGGCGAUUUCAAUAAAGUGCCAAUUCUCAUGGGUUACAAUAACGCUGAGGGAUUCUACUUCACAGGACGAGAAAACGCUACGACCAUACCGAAAAUCACUUUCGUAGAUUCUCUGCCGAGAGACUUACGCUUUCCAACCCAAGAAGAAAAGUUGGCUGUAGGUAAAAGACUGAAGGAGUUGUAUUUAGGUGAUAGGAACAUAACCAAAGAUACCAUACCAGAGCUAGCCAAGUACGAGGGAGAUUCGGGUAUAGUGUACCCUGUUGUAUCAACCAUAGACUAUUUAAAGAAGGCUACUGGCUACCCGGUAUACGCGUACAAGUUCUGCCGCGGCGGUUGGAGGAAUCUGAUGAAGAUAGUGGUGGGGAAGUUCACCUACCCGGGCGCUGUGCACGCUGAUGAGCUGUUCUACAUGUUCAAGUUCAGGCUGCCCUUUCUGUCAUUUGUGGAAGUGGAUGUGACGGACAAAGUCAGUACCUUGUGGACAAACUUCGCUAAAUAUGGGAAUCCCACUCCAGAAACUACAAAACUACUACCAGUGAAAUGGGAACCCCUAGACAAGAGAGACGAGGUGCUACACAUAGACAAGGAACUAAAGAUGGCGCCGCUAUGGGACGACGAAGCUAUUUUAUACUGGCACAAAGUGUAUUAUAAAUAUAGAAGAAAAACUUAGUAUAAGUUCAAUUUUAAUUAAGUUACGAGUACCUUACACUAGACUUAGGCUUACAAAUGCCAAUGGUUAAAUUAUAUUGCUGCAGUGGUUUUACGCUAGAUGGCAGCACGUACAUAGACAGUAAACAAAAAGUUUGGUUCGACGUUUGAUAAAGUUUCUGUCAAUAUUCUGAUAUGACGUGUGCAGCAUGUUGGAUUUUGGUCGCAUUAUUUACUGUGUUCACACACAGUAAAUAAUCCGACCAAAAACACAAAGAUCGGAGCAGUGGGGCGACUGCAGCUAC